GCAAAAUUAUGCACGUAAAGAGAACGUUUUACGUUUGAUCGUCGUUACGUAAUGACGGAUUACCAGCAAGUUUGCCUUUCUUUGUCGCAAAAUGGAUUUGAAAAGUGAACAAACAUGUUGAUCUAUGUGCCAAAAAAAUAAAAACAAAAAAAAUAGUUAACAAAAAAAAAUACUGUAAAUGAAAAAGCUUCUACUUAAGACUACAUUUGGACCGACCAGGUUGCAAUAGGAAGACUAUUAAUAGGGCUUUAAAUACAUGCUUAAAUGCAAAUUUGGAGAUGUAAAGCGAUUAAUUACGUAACAUUUGCAUGGUGAAAGUAAUUUCUAAUGUCUUAAAUUGUGAAAUACACUUAACGGAAAUAGGUCAUGUUGUUUUUUGAGAUGUUACCGUAAAACAAGAGCAGAUUAAUUUUUAACUUAAUUGGACACUUUGUUAGCGGAACGUUUUCAUAUAAGGUACACAACAAGCUAACAAGUUGGUGAAGAGAAAAUGGCCGACCAACAGCCAGAUGGAUCUCCUAGAGAACGCCGUCGAAGCCGGAAACAAACGAUUUUGUCACAGGGCCCGCCGGAAUUUGCGUCCAUUUCAAUCGACGGUGAUAAAAAUGUUCCUGUUGCUGACACAACUGAUUCCGAAACAGAUGACUGCGUUUUUAAAGAUAAUUUAACAGACAAUGCAUGCGAAAUUUCAUAUGAUGAAAGUCAUUCUAAAGAAGUAAACGACGCUAAACAAGAGAAUCACGAACACGCAGCCACUAAAAUUGAAAAUGACAUAAUCAGUAAAAAGAAUGAGGUUCCGGAUAUUGUUUACGAUGAAACAAAACCAAAAAGGCUUUCGCACAAUAGGCCUCAGAAAUUAGACUUAGAAAGUCACAGUUCUAAUACUUUACAUGAGACUAUAAAUUUUCUUAUAUCCCCAGAUGAUAGCCCAACCAGAAGGAAAAGACGGGCUCUAAAUACAGUGCGAUCAGAGCCAACAAUCGGGAACCACAGUAACGAUUAUAAUCAUGAAGCACUUGACAGUCAUGCAAGAGAAAAUCACCGAAAGCAUGAUACUGAUCCGAGGAGUAAACAGAUGCAAACGUUGAAACAAACACAUUACGAACAAAGUCCUGAAAGUACUCGGAGAAAGGUAUCAUCACCAGUACAAAGACUUAUGGUAAAGAACAGUGCUCUAGCGGCUGCAGCGGCAGCAAAUAGCAAAGACCGAAAAGGUUCAUCAGAAGCCAGACAAACGAACAACGCAAAUUUUGUCUAUGUUGGACCAAGACGUAAGAUUUCGUCCGAUGCUAGACUAGAACAUCGUCAUAUAGAAGAAAGCCUUUCCCUUCCAACAAAACAAAUGCCAAAAAGAAAGGUCUCAUUCGAUACAAGUGCGUUAGUUAAUGGAAACAAGAUUAUGCCAUUAAACGAUGAACCAAUUUUGAAGGAAAAACCAGAACAUAUCAUAGAAGAAAUAUCCGAGCCUCAAGCAGAAUAUGGUGUUGAUGAGGAAAGCAUCAAAGAAAGUCCUAGGCUUGAAAUUAAGAUCCCAAAAGUCAUCUUUACAAGCGAUGAUGAUGAAGGUUUUGUUCAAAAUGAAAGGGAAAGUCCGAGAAACGACGAGAGUGUGAGCGAGAAUAGCGAAGAAGGUGAGGAUGGCUAUGCUAGUGGUUGUGAUAACAAAGCGUACGUGAGAGACGAAGAUGAACAUGUACAAUCUAACGGAUCACUGGAUACAACCAAUGAAAGAUUUACAAAUUUUCAAAGUGAGGCUCAUAGUAAACGAGGGCGGCGUCUUUCACCAAUGUCGGCUCAAUCAUACACAUUUGAAGAAGCUGCUGUCAUUCCACAUAUGAAUGUGGAUCAUUUAACAAUGGAUAGAAGUGUUUCAACUGGUUCGAUUGGCUCCUACAGUGGAAGACGUAUAUCAGCAUACGACGACCAAUCUCCACCAAAGUCAAUUUUAAAAACGAGACUUGAAGAUGCAGAAUCCGUGAAUUCCGAGAUCUCUGUCAAAAACUUCAAAGUCAGGAAAGAUUCCAUUGCCUUGUUUAUGGACCAACAUGGUGAAAUAGCUAUGCAAGAGUUAAUAAAACAGCAUGAUGAAAAGUUCAAAUGCUUUGGAAAAGACGAUAUUAAACAGCUUUGGGAAAACCGUAAAAUGCUUUUGGAAAAGUACAAACUUCACUUACUAGUUCUUACACUAUUCCUACUGACCUUCUCCUUCGUAAUAGUGGGGUUACAUUUCCACAGCGAGCAUCAUAAAAAGAUGGCCUCUUCUCAAAAGGUUUUCUUUGAUGCAAAGCUGAAAACGUUAACGCUUAGUGAUACAGAAAACUGGGACACAUUGACAGGGUCGUUAGGUUUAGAUAUACCUUCAUGGAAGAUGCCAAUACAUUGUUAUCCUAAUUACAAGAAGAUCAUGGAUAAAACUUGUUUGAAAUGGAAAGAACACGGUCAGUUGGAUAUUGCUUAUUUCAUCAAGAACAACACACAAUGCUAUAAUAUAACUUGGAAUCUGUUACCAGGAACUUCCGCUUAUGACUGUUACGAGAUAGGAGGUAGAAGCUGGUACGGACCUUUAAACAUGACAAAAUCACAAUGGCCAAUCAAGUCAAAUCCUUUUAGCUUUACUGUUAGUAAGUCAAAACACCAUGGAAGUGGCACGUUUUCGUCGGCUGUGGAAUAUUAUUGGUUGUCGUCACGGGGCGAGGCGGUAGUUGUCGAUUCGAACUUCCCAUUAGAAGUUAGUUGGAACAAAAAGAAACCAGGCUCUUUUUGUGCAAUAAGUAAGCGUUCUGGGGAUUUCUACAGCAAAACAGUAACAGCAAAACGUACAUUUAGCUACUCAGUUUGCAAUGGAAUAGAUAUUCAAACCACGCAUGCGCUGAUCAGAGAGAGGUUUUAUCCUGCAAUUACUAGCUUACCAGAUAGACAAUUCUUAGAGAAUCCUCACUGGUCAACAGUAGCAGAUUCCGAUGAUUUUCGUCUAAAUGAUACGGUCGUGUACAAUGUUGCCGACGCUAUAAAAAACAAUAACCUCAACUGUAGUUCUAUGGAAUUAGACGGGCAAUGGGAACACAGAUACGGGGACCUAACUUUUAACCCAAAAUUGUUUACAAACAUGUCUGACCUUGUUCUUCAUGUUGCUAAUGCAGGUUGUGAGAUAUCGUUAAACGUUCACCCUUUCUUUAGCUUCCAUUCAGUAAAUUUUAUCGAAGGGAUGAAUAGAGAAUAUUUUGUGGAGGAUGCAGGUGGGACUGUCCCUGCUCUUCUAAAAUGGGAGCAUGGAGUUGGUGCUAUGUUAGAUGUUUCGAAUCCUGCGGCUCGUGAUUGGUAUGUGGGUAAGAUCAGGAGAAUUUCUUCUAAAUACAAUAUUGAUACGUUCCGUCUAGUGUAUGGGACCUCCGCAUGGGUUCCAAAGAAUCCGGUAUUUCACAACGACGGUAUAAGUCCAACAAAGGUUAAGCUAUUGUUUUCUGAUUUGAUGGCUUCUUUGGGGAAUGUUGUUCUUGAAAGCACAUCUCAGUCACAGCAUUUGUCCACUCUGGUUGGAAUUUCAUCUUCUGUUGUCACUUCAGGUGACAAAUUUUGCCUGAAAAAUAUAAUACCGGAAAUACUUAAUUUAGGUCUUAUGGGCUAUCCAUUUGUCUUAUCAGAUGGGUUUGAUAUCGAUGACAAACACAGAAACAAUGAUGAUUUUAUACUUCCGAGCAGAGAUCUUUAUAUUCGAUGGAUGCAGCUUUCGGCAUUCCUUCCAGCUGUUAGAUAUACCGUAAAACCUUGGUCGUAUGACGCCAAAGUUAUUGAGGCCUCAAGGAAUCUCACAAAAUUUCAUAGCGAUGUCGUUCUUAAUACUAUAUUCAAAGCAGGUGAAGACAUUCUCAAAGGUUCUCCAGUUGUUCAACCCAUGUGGUGGAAUCGGUCAAAUGAUAAGAGGACAUUUUUAAUCGAUGAUCAGUUCGUUUUAGCCGACAAGAUCUUGGUGGCGCCAAUUUUGUGUGAGUGUCAUAUAGAUGAAGAUUUAGCGGAAAGAGACAUUUAUGUUCCAGAGGGAGUGUGGAAGGAUGCCAGUCACGACAAGGUUAUCAUUGGACCAAGAUGGAUAAAGAAUUAUAAAGCUAAACAGUUUGAAAUUCCGUAUUUUGAAAGAAUGUCAGAAGCUACAUAUUGAAAAAGUUAUAUCUUACUUGGUUGUACUUAACUGUAAGAAAUGUUUUCGAAAAUAUCCAGCAGGACUGGUUAAAAUGGAAUAACUUUAUAUGGUAUUAUGUUUUGGCAUUAAAACAUGUUAAAUGUAGCAUUUUUAAUGAAAAGAAAAAUCAAUUAUGUUUUAAAAUGUUCCGUAUAUACAAAAUAAUAAUGAUGAUUUAUGAGAGGGAAACGACGAUUAUACAACAAAAAGAACUUGAACGUCGCUAUCACAAAAAAAUGACUCCAUAUUGUGUUGUGUUUUUGUCCUACUAUGUCGAGAUCAAGUAUUGUAUAAGUGGAAAUUAUCGACAAACAUUUUAGACUUCCUGAAAUAAAACUUCUUUCAUUUCUAGUGAAAUAAGCAUGGACAUAACAGUAUCGAUACCUGUGAUGUAGAUGCUCAUCAUAUAGAGCACUGUGAUUAUUUGCCUUAAUACUGUUGACUGAUUUCAUCAUCAUAGGUUAAAUGUUAUCUGAUAAAAACCAGCUCCUAUAUUGCUACGCCAUAUGUAAGAAUUAAUAUGAAAAGUAAAUCUGAGCCUAAGGCAUUUGGAAUAGAUACAAAUACUUUGCACUUAAAUAUAAGCAGAAGUUCAAUAUCGAAAAUAACAUUAAUAAUACCAAAUGCAUUUUCGAUAAGUAGCUAAAUCAUACCGACAACAGUGCCGAAAACUAGCUACAACAUACCAAUAAUGUAUCGAAAAUUAGCUACACCAUGCCAAUAAUGUGUCGACAACAAGCUACUACAUGCCAAUAAUGUGUCGAAAACAAGCUACUACAUACCAAUGAUGUGUCGAAAACUAGCUCAACAUACCAUUAAUGUGUCGAAAACUAGCUUAACAUACCAAUGAUGUGUCGAAAAUUAGCUACAACAUACCAAUAAUGUGUCGACCCAAGCUACAACAUACCAAUAAUGUGUCAAAAGAUAGCUCAACAUACCAAUUAUGUGUCGAAAACUAGCUACAACAUACCAAUAAUGUGUCGAAACUAUAGCUACAACAUACCAAUAAUGUGUCGAAACUAUAGCUACAACAUACCAAUACUGUGUCGAAACUAGCUACAACAUACCAAUUAUGUGUCGAACCUAGCUACAAUAUACCAAUUAUGUGUCGAAACUAGCUCAACAUACCAGUAAUGUGUCGAAAAAUAGCUCAACAUAGCAAUAAUGUGUUGAAAUAUAUUUACAAGACACCAAUAAUGCGUCAAAACUGAUAUGAUAUCAAAAACUAUCUGUAAUUUUCGUAUGAUAUAUAAAAUAUGUAAUAGUAUUGUUAGUAAUCGAGAUGCAUUUAAAUGUACGUAUCAUUUAUUUUUCAUACAUCAUUUAUUACUAUUGCCAUUUCGUACACUUUCAGAUUUUAUAGAAUGUGUAUGUUUCUUAGACAAAAUUAAUAUAUAUCCACUCAAAGAGACUUUUAUGAAAGUACAAGCAUACAUGAUCAUUGUACUUGAAAAAGAAACAUUUAUACAUCGGUUUCAUUGCUGCAUUAUGUACGGUCAACAUUAUUCACUGUUUAUAAAUUAAUAACUACAUUGAAUUUGAAUAGUUCUUUUUUACUCAAAACUUUUGUAUUUAUGUGUCACAGGGUGAGAAAAAUGUGCAGCCUGACCGGGACUCGAACCCGGGACUCUCGGAAUA